UUCUUCUUGGUUUUCUCAAUGAGAAAGGAAUCGGGGCACCUCUUAGCCCCGAGCACGCAUUCCAAAUCUACUUGACCGCCGCCCAAAAUGGUGAUAUUUACGGUCAAAGCCUCGUGGGCCAAUGCUACCAAUUAGGACAAGGAACCCCACAAAACAUUUACCAGGCAAUACAAUGGCUCCAUAAAGCCGCGAAAGCUGGUCUACCUAACGCGCAAUACCUUCUCGCGUUCUGUUUUUUCGAUCCACAGAACGAAUUCCAAUCAUAUGGUUACGCGUUUUCCUUUUUAGAACAAGCUGCGAAACGUGGAAAACGCGAGGCACAAAAUUGGCUUGGAUUCUUUUACCUGCAAGGCCUAGGCACCAAACAAAGACUCAAGCUUUCGCAUUACUGGUUUAUGAAAUCCGCAUUGGCUGGCGAUCGUGAUGGGCAACUGGGUCUCGCGCGAUUCUAUAGGAUUAUUUUACGUGAUAAUCGCACGAGUUUUUCGUGGUUGGUGAGAGCUGCGCAGGGGAAUAAUCCAAAUGCACAUUUCUUUUUGGGAACCUACUAUUACUACGGAAGAGGCACUGUACGAAAUUUACGAAAAGCAUUUUAUUGGAUUUCAAAGGCUAUCAGUGCUAGUGGACAACAACGACAAAAAGAUAAACAGCAGUGUCAAGAUUAUCGCGAUGGGCUUUAUCUUCGGUCCUCUGCUUUGGAAUUUCUAGGAAUGUCCUAUGAACGGGGUCAACAAGCUCCGAGAGAUGUACAUAAAGCUGUUAUGAUUUAUCGACGAGCUAUUGCUGCUUCUGGUGGUGUGGAAGGGCAUCGGUCAAUGUUAAAUUUGUGUCGAAUUUUCCGUAAUGAUUGGUAUUGA